CAAUAAGUUGAUGGCUUCUAAAGUCCCACGUCAGUUGCCAACUUGUGGUCUACACAAGCUCUGCGUUUGUGAAGGCACCAGCUCCUCCUCCGCCUCCUCUCUCUUCACCCCCUGCGUUCUCCCUCACUUCCUCGCUGCCUCCGACGGGAAUUUGUUGCGAUGUUUCGAGCCCCUCGGGAAAGGAGAAAGAAGACUAGAAUGAGAAAGAGUAUACUUGUGCGAUGGCGGCAACAAUCAAGCGGUUCUCUUGUGCUCUGAAAAGAAAGAAAACUCAAGCAUCUGGUAAAAGAAGUUUAUUGAUCCACAUAAAUAGGCAAAGCCUAAGUCCACAAGAAAUAUAUGAGAAAGAGCCUAAUUACAAAAACUACGUGCUACUGAUAGUAGUGUACACAUCGUUUAGACUCAUUCCAUUCCAUACAAUAGAAGAGGCCCACAACAACAAAGUAUGAAAGAAAAAGUCCCUAAAACUGUCCGGGGAGCGUUCCUUAUCCUCGAAGCAGCGGCCAUUUCUUUCAUUCCAUGUGCACCACAUUAAGCACAAGUAGGGGGAGAUAUCAAUUGUGCAUCAGCAGUAAUGUUUAGAAGAAACAACAUCGCGUCAAGGAUUUUUCAGCGCCAAAUCUACACUCCUGCUCCCGGAACUAGUGUUUAUUGCGCUAGGCGAUUUUAUGAAAAUUUAGUCCCAAGUUGUACCAUUUAUGAUGUUGAAUGCCCAGACCAAUCAUUCCGCAAAUUUACCGAUGAUGGGCAAUACCUAAUAAGUUUCAGCAGAAAUCAACAAGAUCUGGUUGUUUACAGACCAACAUGGCUUUCAUUUUCAUGCAAAGAAGAAGAUUGUGAUGCUCAUGAUCUCCCUCCAAAAGCAAAGAGAUUUGAAAGUUUCUUCACUCAUUUAUAUAGUGUAUCGCUUGCUUCCUGCAAUGGCAAUGAGCUCAUAUGCAAAGACUUCUUCCUUUACGUGGAGAGUAACCAAUAUGGAAUAAUUGCUACUUCUACGCCAUCAAUUCAUGAUGCAGCUGCUAAUGGUGCUGCCAUUCAGGGUGUCCCGUAUGUAGAAAAGUUGACAUUCCAUUUAAUAAGGUUGGAAGAUGGAGUCAUACUGGACGUGAAGGUCUUUCACAAUGAUUUUGUUAAUCUGACCCAUAACAUGGGCGUAUUUUUGUAUGAUGAUUUAUUGGCAAUUGCGUCACUUCGCAAUCAAACAAUACAUAUUCUCCAAAUUAGAGACUCUGGGAACCUUGUAGAUGUACGAGCUAUUGGGGCAUUUUGUCGUGAAGAUGAUGAACUUUUUCUCAAUUCAAAUGCUCAGUGCAUUGCAUUUCCUGACAAAAGUAAACUGCAUCAGUUGCCUGGGAAUAAUGUUCAGAAUGGUACACAUCUUAGCCAGCCUAAUCAAGAAGAUUCUCUCCUGAGUGGCAUCAAACAACGCCUUCUUUCAUUCAUAUUCCAAGGAAUAUCAAAUGAAGAAAAAGACCCGGCCUUGAGAGCCCAGUGGUUGAAGAAGAAGUUUUAUUUUCGUUUUCAAGAUUAUGUGGACUUGAUUAUCUGGAAGGUACAAUUCUUGGACCGGCAGCACCUGCUGAUCAAGUUUGGUAGUGUGGAUGGAGGGGUGUCACGAAAUGCUGAUCAACACACAGCUUUUUUAGCAGUCUAUAACAUGGAGACAACUGAAAUUGUUGCAUUUUAUCAGAAUUCUGCGGAGGAGCUUUAUCUCUUGUUUGAGCGUUUCUGUGACCACUUCCACACGGCAUCUAAAAAUUCUGUUUCUAUGAAUUUUGUAUCAUCUCACUCAAAUAACAUUCAUGCCCUGGAGCAAAUAAGAUCCGUAAAAAGUAAAGCAAGUUCACAGUUUAUGAAGAAGAUGCUGGGAUCUUUGCCUUACAGUUGUCAGUCACUGAGUCCUUCUCCCUAUUUUGACCAAUCUCUCUUUCGGUUUGACGAAAAGCUGAUUUCUGCAAGCGACCGGCCUAGACAGUCAACAGACCAUCCCAUCAAGUUCAUUUUAAGAAGGCAACCAUGUUCCCUCAAAUUUAAGAUCAAACUAGGCCCUGAAGCAGGCAAUGCGGAUGGUAGGACAAAAAAGAUCGCAUCAUUCUUGUUCCAUCCAUUUUUACCUCUGGCACUCUCUAUUCAGCAGACUUUGUUCUUGCAGCAGCCAUCAGUAGUGAAUAUUCAUUUCCGGGGAUGAAGUAAACAAGCCUUCGGCGAGACUGUAGAUUUGAUUGAGAAAAAGUGUAUAUUUAUUCGGAAAAGUGCACAAAUGAUAUAUUUACACUUGAGGUAGGAGUUGCAUGCUCGAAGCAGUGUCCUGAAACGUUCACAACAUAUUCCACUGCUUUCUUGUUUUUAGCAUUUAAACACAAUAGCUAUGUUUAAAAUAUAGCACAUAGCUAGCCGGUGUUACUCUGACAAUGAAAUGAAUUGGCUUUAAACAA